AUGACCGCUGUGGAGUCUGGCUCGAAGGUUCUCCGGAUGAAGGAGAGCGACGCGCAGAAGCUGCUGGCGAUGCGUUGCCACAUCGGCACGCGCAACCAGAGCAGUGCGAUGAAGAAGUACAUCUACGGGCGCACGGCUGAAGGCAGCCACAUCAUCGACGUGCACAUGCUGUGGGAGAAGCUGAUUCUGGCUGCACGCGUGAUCGCUGCUGUGGAGAACCCGAAGGACGUGUGCGUGUGCUCGUCGCGCCUGUACGGCACGCGCGCCAUCUACAAGUUCUCGCAGCACGUGGGCACGAGCUUCCACGGCGGCCGCUUCAUCCCCGGGACGUUCACGAACCAGAUCCAGAAGAAGUUCAUGCAGCCGCGCGUGCUUGUGGUGACGGACCCGCGCACGGACCACCAGGCGAUCCGCGAGGCGUCGCUGGUGAACAUCCCUGUGAUUGCGCUGUGCGACACGGAUGCGCCGCUGGACUUUGUGGACAUUGCGAUCCCGUGCAACAACCGUGGCAUCAAGUCGAUCGGCAUGAUGUACUGGCUGCUUGCGCGCGAGGUGCUGCGCCUGCGCGGCACGAUUGUGCGCUCUGUGCCGUGGGAGGAGAAGGUGGACCUCUUCUUCUACCGCGACCCCAACGAGGCUGCGGAGGAGAAGGCCGCUGCUGCCGCUGCGGCGCCCGCCGCCGAGGUGGAGGAGGGCUUCGGGUGGGUGGAGCGCAACGACGACAACGCGUGGGAGGCGUAA